UAGUAAAAACUCUAUAAAAAGCAAACCAUUAUAUAACCUCUACUACUUUCUUGUUUAAUUAACCACAAAAUAUAAAUAAUAAUAAAUUUAAUUUAAUUCAAUCCUUAAACUAUAUAUGAUCAAUAUUUACCAUACCUUCAACGGUUUCUUCUUUUGUCGUUUUCUGUUUUUUCAAUGGUCUUUCUUUCCAAAAUGGAAAAAGAGAAAGAACAACAAAAAUCAAAGAGAAAAGAAUUAGGGCUCUCAUGCAUGCUCAACACCGAAGUGGGAGCUCUCCUCGCCGUAAUCCGCCGUCCGGCCGAUCCUAAUUCCCACUACCUCGGAUCGCCCGAAGAAUCCCAAGACAAUGCAAUUCUCCAAUCCCUAAAAUCCCUAAGAGCUCUAAUUUUCAAUCCACAACAACAAUGGUGCACAAUAGACCCUUCUAUCUACCUCUCCCCAUUUCUCGAGGUGAUACAGAGCGACGACAUCCCUGCUUCGGCCACGGGAGUCGCCCUCUCUGCUCUCCUCAAGAUUCUAAAACUCGAGUUUUUUAAUUUAAAGACCCCAGCCGCAGCUGAGGCCAUUGCUACAAUUGUAACUUCCAUUACAAAUUGUAGACUAGAAAAAACCGAUUCAAUCUCAGAAGAUGCUGUAAUGAUGAAGAUCUUACAAGUCUUAUCCGCGAUUAUGAACCACUCUGCCUCAGCUCUAUUAACCGAUCAAGCGGUUUGUGUUCUCGUCAAUACUUGUUUUCAAGUUGUUCAACAGUCUAUUGGCCGAGGCGAUUUGCUUCAAAGAAGCGCUCGGUACACAAUGCACGAACUGAUCCAGAAAAUAUUUUCUAAAUUGCCCGAAAUAGAGGUGGUUACGAGCAUUAAGGGUUCGGGAUUGGGUGAAGAAGAGGAAGAAGGAGGUGAAUUCGAAGGGGAAUCGGGUUAUGGGAUUCGGUGUGCAGUGGAUGUGUUUCAUUUCUUGUGUUCUUUGUUAAAUGUGGUGGAAUUGGUUGAGAAUAGUGGUUCGGAAUUGGGUAAUAAUACUUCAUUUUGUGGUGAUGAAGAUGUUCAAGUAUUUGCUUUGGUUUUAAUUAACUCAGCUAUUGAAUUGAGUGGUGAUGGGAUUGGAAAACAUCCAAAGCUUCUUAGAAUGGUUCAAGAUGAUUUGUUUCAUCAUUUGAUACAUUAUGGGACUUGUUCUUCACCACUUGUUCUAUCCAUGAUUUGUAGUACAGUCUUGAAUACCUAUCAUUUUCUUCGCAGAUUCCUUCGUCUCCAAAUAGAAGCCUUCUUCAACUUUGUUCUUCUUAGAGUUCCAACAACACAAGGAGUUUCACUCCAACUCCAAGAAGUUUCACUUGAAGGAAUCAUAAACUUUUGCAGACAACCAACAUUCAUAAUCGAAAUCUACGAAAACUAUGAUUGCGAUCCACUCUGUCGAAACAUCUUCGAAGACAUCGGAAAAUUACUCUGCAAACACUCAUUUCCAGUAACAAGUCCUCUAACUUCCUUAAAGAUUCAAGCUUUUGAAGGUUUAAUGAUUAUAAUCCAUAACAUAGCUGACAACAUAGAUAGACAAUAUGACAAUGAUGAUGAUAAUGAUAAUGAUUCAAGAACACUUUUUGAGCCAUACCCAGUUGAGAUUUCAGAGUUUAGACCCUUUUGGGAAGAUAAACCAAGAAAUGAUUCAAUCAAUUGGGUUGAUUUUUUAAGGUUUAGAAAAGCUCAGAAGAGAAAGUUACUAGUUACUAGUUACCAUUUUAAUUGUGAUGAGAAGAAAGGUUUGGAGUAUUUACAGCUUUCUAAAUUGUCCCCUGAUCCUCAUGAUCCAAAGGCUUUAGCUUUCUUUUUUAGAUACACUCCUGGAUUGGAUAAGAGCAUGGUUGGUGAUUAUCUUGGUGAUCCUGAAAGUUUUCAUCUUCAAGUUUUGAAGGAAUUCACUGAAACUUUUGAGUUUUCAAGUAUGAUUCUUGAUCAUGCUCUUAGAACUUAUCUCGAAACGUUUCGGUUGCCCGGUGAGUCUCAGAAGAUUACUAGAAUUCUUGAAGCUUUUUCUGAUAGAUUUUAUGAACAACAGACUUCUGAUAUUUUUGCUAGUAAAGAUGCUGUCUUUAUUUUGUGUUAUUCUCUUAUAAUGCUUAAUACUGAUCAACAUAAUCCUCAAGUGAAGAAAAAGAUGACAGAGGAAGAGUUUAUUAGGAAUAAUAGAGCUAUUAAUGGUGGUAAAGAUCUUCCUAAGGAGUAUUUAUCUGAACUAUUCAACUCAAUUUCAAACAAUGCUAUUACUAUCUUUGGUCAAUCUGGUCAAAUUGUUGAAAUGAAUCCAAGUAGGUGGAUUGAGCUUAUAAACAGGUCAAGAAUUAUUCAACCUUAUAAGUUAAGUAAUUUUGAUGAUGAUAAGAGAAUUGGUAGAGACAUGUUUGGUAGUAUUGCAGGGCCAUCUGUCUCUACAUUAUGCGCGUUUUUCGAGCAUGGUGAUGAAGAAGAAAUCCUCCAUGAAUGUGUUGAAGGUUUGUUUUCAAUAGCUAGAAUAGCUCAAUAUGGAUUAGUAGAGACCCUUGAUGAGCUUCUUGCUUCUUUUUCAAAAUUCACUACUCUUUUGAACCCUUAUGCCUCUGCUGAAGAGACCCUUUUCGCCUUUAGUCAUGAUUUGAAGCCUAAGAUAGCAACACUUGCAGUUUUCACUAUUGCAAAUAACUUUGGUAACUCUAUUAGAGGUGGUUGGAAGAACAUUGUUGAUUGUUUGUUAAAGCUCAAAAGACUUAAACUUCUUCCCCAAUCUGUCAUUGAAUUCGAUGCUGCUAAUUUCGGUACUACAUCAUCAGAUUCUCAAGCUACAUCAGAACAAGGCCUCUCUACUCCAAAUGAUUCUAAAGUUGUAAAUGUUAGCAGAUUCUCUCAUUUUCUAUCAUUGGAAAGUAUGGAAGAUUCACUUUCACUUGGUGUGAGUGAAUUUGAGCAAAAUCUUAAGAUUAUUAAACAAUGUAGAAUUGGUAACAUCUUCAGCAAGACUUCAAACUUGCCUGAAGAUGCUUUGAUCAAUCUCGGGCGGUCUCUAAUCUUUUCGGCUGCAGGGAAAGGACAGAAGUUUAGUACACCAGUUGAUGAAGAAGAAACAGUUGGUUUCUGUUGGGAUCUAAUCAUUGCCAUUACAUUGGCAAACUUACAUAGAUUCCAAACCUUUUGGCAUGCUUUUAAUGAUCAUCUCCUUGCAGUUGCUCAAUUCCCUACCUUUUCGCCUGUCCCAUUCGCUGAAAAAGGCAUUGUAGGCCUCUUCAAAGUUUGCCUAAAGCUACUUGGAACAUACCAACAAGAAAAAACCCCUGAGGAGAUGAUUUUCAAGUCUAUAAACUUAAUGUGGAAACUUGAAAAGGAAAUACUUGACACUUGUUGUGAGUUCAUAACAAAAUCUGUUAACAAGAUUUUAACUGAGUUUCCCGCGAAUUUGAAGACUCAACUCGGUUGGAAAUCUGUUCUACACUUGUUGUCAAUCACAGGUAGACAACCUGAAACUUAUGAUCAAGCUGUUGAGACUUUGAUCAUGUUGAUAUCAGAUGGAACUCAUAUCUCAAAAAUGAAUUAUACUUAUUGUAUUGACUCUGCUUUUAGCUUUCUUGCUCUUAGAAACAGUCCAUUGGAGAAGAACAUAAUGAUUUUGGAUCUAUUGGCAAGCACAGUUACUCAAUUAGUCCAAUGGUACAAAACACAGUGCUUAGAGCUCUCAAAUAGUAACAAUUUCAGCGCGACAAGUAACGCGAGUAACUCUUCAUUCGAGGAAAAUUUGAGAGCUCCUAGCUCAUUGAACUUCUUCAUGAGUUUGUUCAUCAAACUAGGCGAAGCGCUGAGAAAAACAAGCUUAGCUCGACGAGAAGAGAUAAGAAAUGCUGCAGUUAUGGCUCUUCAGAAAAGCUUUAUGCUUGCUGAAGAGCUCGAGUUUACCCCGAACAACUGCAUUAACUGCUUCAAUCUUGUGAUCUUUGCUAUGGUGGAUGAUUUGCACGAAAAGAUGUUCGAGUAUUCGAGGAGGGAAAAUGCUGAGAGGGAAACUAGAAGCAUGGAAGGAACUUUAACAAUUGCAAUGGAACUUUUGUGUGAGAUCUUCUUGAAGUUGAUGACACAGAUUUCGAAUAGUCCUGGUUUUAGGACAUUUUGGUUAGGUGUUUUGAGGAGAAUGGAUACUUAUAUGAAAGCUGAUUUAGGUGAGUAUGGUGUGUCUAAGUUACCUGGUGUUGUUCCUGACUUGUUGAGAAAAAUGAUUACUGAGAUGAAGGAGAAUGGGAUUUUGGUUCAGAAAGAAGAUGAUGAUCUUUGGGAGAUUACUUAUAUUCAAAUACAAUGGAUAGCUCCUUCCAUUAAAGAUGAGCUUUUUCCUGAAGAAAGCAUCUGAUUCGGGUUUUCAAUACAAUCAAAUAGAAAGCUCCAACGAAUUAGGAUUUCACUAUUGAGCCAGGUCAUUUCGGGGCAAGCAGAUCAUUUAUGAUGAAGAAAAUGGACUUAAACAGAAUGAUUCGAAAUUCUUGCAAAGUGAAACCAUGAAGUACCAGACACGAGAUAGAUCUUUCAAAGAACAAGGCUUUAUUUAUAAUUGUAAGGAAAAAAAACAACCACUUUGAAUGCUAGUUUCUUUUUUUUUUUUUAAUAUAUUAAUGGAGUACAAUAAUUAAGGUUGAUUGUAGUCCCUAGAGUUCGUAUAGAAUUGAGAAUUGUAAUUUGUUUUAAUUCUAGAAAUCGAAAAAUGAAAUUUGUUUUC